AUGUUGGAUGCUAGCAGUCAAACAAGAUUUACUACGCUCGUUACGGAGCUGGAGCAUGCGUUUCUACGCGAUGCGCAGGAGGCUAGAUACGAAGACCUGCUAUCCGCACACGCCACUAUAGAGCUUGUCCUCAUUCAGGUCCGCCGUCGAUUGAACGGAUUCAUACCGGUGGGAGCACUGCCUCCCGAACUCCUGAGUCGUGUCUUCGCGUUGUCCACGCAGCUCCCCGAGUACGACGCGGUAUACCACCUGCGUGAUACGGCCGGUAAGGCUGCACCACUUGUGACUUCGGGCUCGUCGAGGCUACUCUCCCUAAUCCAUGUCUGCUCCCACUGGCGCCUUGUCGCCUUGAACACCCCCGUUCUCUGGACACAUGUUGACGACCGACAUCCCGAGCAGACAGAGAUGUUCAUAUCUCGCUCGCAGCCCAUGACGCUUUCCGUCGUUGUGGAUGCAACACGCCUCAGCACUGGGACGCUCGAACACUAUGGAUCCAGGUUGCGCAGGCUGGACAUCAUCAUAUCCGACAGUAUCACCUCUCCCGGCCCCCUACUUCGCUUGGCGCUGAACCAGCCCGCGCUGGACUGCCUCACCAUCAACUCAAAAUGUCGCAUAUCGAGGGAUCGUCUAGAAACCAGCCCGAGAACGUUUGGACAAUCUGCGUCCCACCUCAAAGCGCUAGCCCUCCGCCUCGUCCCGUUGUGGCACGCAGGGAUUCAGUUCUCGGACCUCACACAUCUAUACUUGGACUGGGGAGAAGACUCCGCAUGGCCUUCAGAGAACGAGCCCGUUCGCCACCUAUUGUCCCUCCUUUCACAUACUCCUGCACUCCAACACCUACAUCUCGUCCAUCUGGACGAUUCGGAACCAGUCUCCCAUGUCAUAGUCUCACCCUCGCCGAUCCCUCUCAACUCCAUCCGCGCAGUGACAUGCUCACGUAGCAAUAUGUCCACCGCAUUCCACCUCCUUUCCAUCCUGAAGCUCCCCGAGACCGCAUUCGUGCGUCUCGACAAGCUAGAACGCACCGUUCCUCUGGUGGCAGCACUUGCGCCGCGCACCGGUUCGCCGCUUCUCGUGUCAAGCCUCCGCCAUGCCCAGCUUGUGAUAGACAGCGACAACCUCUUCCUUCUCGCCGAGGGCCCCGAAUCCGGCCUCUGGAUCAGAGGUUCGAUAGCGUAUAUCGAACUCGAGGGGAGCGACCCUAGUUGGCGCUGGGGCUCAUACAUAACAGCACUGAACCGUUUGGACAUCCUAUCGUUUAUCCAGACGCUGCGUCUGAAAAUUGAGCAGGACAGAAACGCUAUACUCGAGCUUCUCAGCCAAAUGCACAACGUGGAAACCCUCACCGUCAUCAUCGAGGGUGAACACUGGCAGAGCGUCCGCGCCAACGCCCGCGCGAUCUACACAGCGCUCAGCGACCCGGAAGCCUGCCCACGCCUGCGCUCCUUGGUCAUCCUAUUCGGCAUCAAGAAUAGCGAGCACUUGUGCCGACCGGGACUGGUUUCCAUGCUGCAGGCGCGCGCCCUCCAGGGCCGCCCGCUCGGCCGUCUUGCCGUCAAGCAGUGGUGGACUCCUACCACAGACCCCAAGGAGGUGAGGGACCAGCGCGGACGCCGGGAGGCAGAGUUGCAGGACGUUUUCUCCGUUGCUAGGCAGUACGUCGAGGUCUUGGAGAUCGUGGAAGGCGACGACAUCCUCCCGUUCGCGCCACGGGAUGCUUGGAAGACGGACGGAGCGGAGGACUACUGGGACAUACUGCCAGAAGACCAACCCAAGUACGACCCGCCACCGCAGUGGCCAACUGCAAGGGAGAAUUAG